GGAGGACCAGAGAGGGACUGCUGGGAGACAACAUGGCUGGGGGAGGAGGACCAGAGAGGGACUGCUGGGAGACAACAUGGCUGGUAGUAGGAGGACCAGAGAGGGACUGCUGGGAGACAACAUGGCUGGGGGAGGAGGACCAGAGAGGGACUGCUGGGAGACAACAUGGCUGGGGGAGGAGGACCAGAGAGGGACUGCUGGGAGACAACAUGGCUGGGGGAGGAGGACCAGAGAGGGACUGCUGGGAGACAACAUGGCAGGGGGAGGAGGACCAGAGAGGGACUGCUGGGAGACAUCUCUCUUUACCCUCUCAUCACUAACAGACACGUAAUUGUCCCCCAUCACAAGUUGACAUGCAAUCCCCUUGUAGAUCCUCCAGUCCUGUAUACACAACUAUAUUUGAUACUUUUCAGCCACAGCCAUCCAUCCAACCAGUAACAGCCAGUCUCUCUACUCAGCGAAGACUCUUCACACCCAUUUGUAACCAAAAAUGUUUUAUUUUUACUUUUUUACAUAGGGUGACAUUUUGCCUGAGCAAUUGGCAGUGACCAAAAUAACCAUAACAUAUUUUUAAUUAGAUGGACAGUCCUCAAAGAUGACAUGCCACUGAAUCAUAUGAUUAGAUCCAUUGAUUUCCAGCCCGUAGGGUGGGGUGCCACUAAUCUCAUUAUAAUGUACCAUUGUGUAGGGCAGAGCAGGUGCUAGUCAUCCAAGGUACCUGUUAUAUUGGUUUCAGAGUAGAGCACUGAUAGGGUGUGGUUGUGUUAACAGGACAUAAAUACUCACCCAAGUAAACACAUUAUACAUUUGAAGACAGCUGCAUGAAAGGAUCAGCACGUAAUAGGUGAUUGAAAGCACUGUCUGUUUGGUGUUACAUACUGUACUCACCAGUCAAGCAACCAGCGGCAAACUGAAAACAGGGAAAGAAAAUACAAAACAUGGACCCCCUAUAUGAGAAAACAUUCUCAGGUGAACAUGUGAGUAUAAAGAUAUUGAAAACGAAAACAUUAUUACGAGAUCAUAAAUACCUUCAUAAAAACAUCCCGAGGUACCCUGAAAAUGUGGAAUUCCACAUAUCCAAAGUUUCCCAUGUUACUAACAAAGCAGGCCUGGAUGGGAUCCUGCCAGAUGGAUUUAAGGGUGGACAAAGAAGAGGUGCUUUCAUGUGGUGGGAUCUUAACAUUGACGACAUCAUUAUCACGGAAGCUGAGAAGCGCUACCUUGACAGGCAGUUCCCUAACAGGCACUCCUCAAGUCUACAAACUGAAGAGAGGCAACCUCAGGUAUCAUUCCUGAAAAAGUUUACCACCUCCCCUGUCUUCCAAAAAGGAUCUCGGUAUGGGAACUUUAAGUUCACCUUCCCCUUGGAGGAUCUCAUGCAGAUGUACACAGAGCAGAUCUGUGAAAAAAUGAAGCCUGUCCUGAGAGUCUAUGAAACUGUGGUUUACAAGCAGGAGAUCAUGUAUGCAGUGGUUGUCCACAGUCCAAAGGAGACACAGUUUGAUAAGUACCCACUUCUUGAAGGUGCUGAAGCUAUGUGUAGCUAUAGAGAGGGCACAAUUGUCUGGAACGCACAGGCUGUGUCUGAGACCCACAACUAUGAAUUGAUCAUAAAGGCCAAUAUGAUCAAAGCCAAAAAGGUUAAAGCUGGCACACAUCAGUUUUUUGUGUGGGAUCAUGUGACACUAGCAUUUCACAUGCCUCAUGGCACUGCCAUACGUGUUGAUAGGAAGGACCUGAUUGAAAGCCUCAAAGCAUGUGAUAGUGUUGAACCUUUGUAUAGGAAAGCAGACCCAGUGAUGUCAUGUGAAACAGCAGCAAUCAUUGUUGAUUCUCAUAAUGUUGAAAAACUGGCUCUAACUAGCAAACAACCUAAUCAUGGAGUACUAUAGAGUACAAGAUAAAUAGAUCUUAACUUCUCAGGGGAGUUCUAACGUAUGGAAUUGUUUUAAAGUGGUCAUACCAUGAAUUAUUUAGCUAUUUGAUUUAGAAUUGUAGGACACCUUUAGGUAUAAAAAAAAAACAAAAUAAAAUAAAGAUGGAAGCAAGCUGUUGAUGCUGAAAACUCCUUUCUUCUGAUGAUAGUAAGCUGAUCCUGAGGGAAAUCGACAAGUAACAGCAGCUUUAUGGUACGCAGGAAUAACAUACUCCAUCAUGAAUAAAUGCCCCUACCUCACAAAAUAACUCUAACCCAACUAAAAAAAGAAAGACUGAUUCAUCUACAGACACUGACAAUUUGCUUACCGUUGAAGUAGAGGCUAACGGUCAUGCAGGAAUCCAUGCAACACUUGAAAAGUUAUGUGAGGAGGUAACAGGGUUGAGGGA